CUCUGGGUGUCUACCGUGAUAACAGAGCUGCCCUAACAGUCACAGAUUAGGCGCUCCACGCAGGGUGGAUGUGGACCAGAACAGCGUGUGUUCAGUUUGACGAGGCUGCAGGAGUAUGCUGACACCGGGAGGCCGCGCUUCUAAAGAGUCUUAUUGUGCGAUGCCUGCUGCUCGAGUCCAAUCCAUGUCAUCGUUGUUUUUUUUUAUCGCAAACUAUUUCUCACUCGCCGUUUAACAACACGAACAACAGACAUGACUGAGAUCCCGCGGCAACAAUUGCUCGAAAUCGACCCGGACUUUGAACCGCUCUCUCGUCCCCGGUCAUGCACCUGGCCCCUGCCCCGUCCGGAGGUCAUCGAACCUGGGGGAUCCUCCAUCACCUCUUCCCCGGAUCCGUCGGUGAAACAAGAACCCGGGGGGAGGAACGCGGACUUCAUCGGUAACCUCGCUCUGCUGGAGGAGACCGACGACUUUGAAGAUGAGCAACAACCUCCCAACCAGAGUGUGUGCAGCGAGUUUCACACUCUUGAAAACUCGGCGGCGGCUCACGUGCACCCUGCAGGGCGGCAACAUCAGACACAUCAGAGUCACCGCGCGGGGCUCCAGCCGCCCCGUCCACAGGUGGCCGGGCUCGCGCCUCCCUCCUCAAGCUGUCCCUCCAUCAGCUCCUCGUCUCUCGCGCAGCGGAAGAGCAGCUCGUCCCGCCGCAAUGCUUGGGGGAACAUGUCCUACGCCGACCUGAUCACAAAGGCGAUCGAUAGCUCGCCCGACAAGCGCCUCACCCUGGCUCAGAUUUACGACUGGAUGGUCAAGAGUGUGCCCUAUUUUAAGGAUAAAGGAGACAGCAAUAGCUCUGCAGGCUGGAAGAACUCCAUCAGACACAACCUGUCGCUGCACAGCCGCUUCAUGCGCAUGCAGAACGAGGGCACGGGCAAGAGCUCCUGGUGGAUGCUGAACCCCGAGGGCGGCAAGAGCGGCAAGUCGCCCCGCCGGAGAGCGGCUUCCAUGGACAACAGCAGCAAGUUCACCAAGUGCCGGGGACGGGCCGCCAAGAAAAAGGUGUUGCUGCAGGAGCACUCAGACGGGGGUGUGGCCAGUCCGGCGCCGCCCUACUCCCAGUGGAUGGAGAGCCCCAACUCCCACAGCAACGAUGACUUUGACACCUGGGGCGCCUUCAGGACGCGCACCAGCUCCGACGCCAGCACCCUGAGCGGCCGCCACUCCCCCUUCCUGGCCGAGCAGGACGACGCGGGCGACGUCGACAUCCUCCACAUCGGCUACCCCGGGGGCCCCGGGGGCGCCAAGCCCGCCGCCAGCCCCGCGCCCGAGCUGCCCGGACCCAUGGGCCAACGGAGGUCCGAGGGGGGCAUGGAGAACCUUUUGGACGACAUGAACCUUUGUCUGUCCCCGACCAUCCCUCAGCUGGCGCCCGACGUCCCCCGCGCCACAGCCGGGCCCCUGCUGCAGAAGGGCCCCUACGGCGCGCCCGCACCCAUGCCCCCCCGGCUGCAGCAGGACUACCUCAAACGCGCGGCGUACGGCCAGCCGCAGAUGACCUCGCUGUCCCCCGUCCUCGCGAGCGCCACUCCGGACGCCCAGCCCGGCUUCGGGCACUUCGACAACCGUUACAACGGCCGCGCCGGCCUGCUGAAGGACCUGCUGACCUCCAACGCCGAGCGCGGCCGGGGGCAGGCCGUGCCCCCGGCCGCGGACACGGGGCUCCACGGAGGCUGCCUGCUGCAGCCCGGCUACAGCCGGCAGGUGUACGUGGGGAACCAUCCCGGUCUGAGUCGACACGCGCCUCCCACGCACCGGCAGAGCCCCUGUCGGCCCCAGGACCUGAAUAGCUGCAACAUGAUCCCGCUGACGAGCAUCAGCCUAACCAGGGUGCCUCCGCGAACGACCCAGCCCAGGACAUGCAUGCAGACACCCCUCGGCCACUCAGGACACGCCGGCACCGUUCCGGCCACCUAUGGCAGUUGCAACGGGGGUUACGGGGGACCUGUCCCCGGACAUCUCCGGGGGCAGUACCCCGAGUGGCUGCCCAGCGACCUGGACAACAUGGCCUUGGAGAGGUUUGAGUGCGACAUGGAGUCGGUCCUCUACGAGACCCUUAUGGACGGGGGGGCACUGGACUUCAACUUGGUUUGACCCCACGGAGGCCCCCAGCCGUUAGCUCAGAGGGUGAGAGUGGCUCGCCCAGCUGGGGGUCCGGCUAGGGGCUCGGCAUCCAGCAGGGAUAGAGCGGGAAAAGGCUUUUGGUUUGGGUUGAGGAAAAUUAAUCUGGAGGUCAAUUCAACUCAGCAUUAUGUAUAAAUGGUUACAUAUUCACAAAUGGCUCCACAGAAAAACUGCUGAAACUGAAGUCUACGUAUCCCACUUUUACCUGCCAGCAACUGGAACGUUGAGUUAUAUUUAUAUGAGCUCAUCUUGUGUGUUUGGGUUUAUCUUAUUCCUUUAGUGUCAGAUGUCCUCGUGAGCCAUAUGGUGGUCUUGAUAUGUUAUUGAUAUGUUAUUUCUAUGAUAUGUCAUAAUUCAUGACAAGAGAAUGAAAACAAAAACUAAUUGAAAAAUCAGGAAAAAUAAAUCAAGAAACAUUUGAGACAUGUGGAUGCUUUGUGCGAUAUGUAUAUUUGAAAUACUAUAUUGAUUGAUGAUCGUUUUCAUUUCUGGAGUGUGAUGGUGUCUUAGGGAAUAGGGGAACAAAUUUGUCACUGUGGAUCGACAAAAGGGGACCCAUCUUCAACAAUGCAGCAAUAAAAACGCUGCUAAUAACAUGACAGGAAAAUCGUGCAACUCCCCCUGUUCCACAACAUGUGUUUUCUAACCCUCACUUCAGCACUUAAAAAUCAUUACGUUUGAUAAGUUUAAAAAUGAAAUGGUCAAAUUACGUA